CAGAGCUUUUCCAGCUAAACGGGAUUGCUCGGCACUGGAACUCAUGGCUGGCCCAACUGUCGACUACUGCUAGUAGGCUAGGCCAUUGGAUCCGGUUUUGCUACCACUCCAUCUGUCUGUCAGGAAAUGUGAUCUGGCGGUAGGUCCGGCACAUGCACUUCCGAGGGUACCUCCCCACCCCGUUCGGGAAGCUUUACCCCUGAUGAAAGUUUCGGAGCUUGGAUCCAAGCGAACUGGAACCCACUGCUGCCCAGACACUAGAAGUAGUUUUGUGGAUGUAGUCAUCCCCAGGCCUGUGGAAGUCUGUGGUAUUCAGGAGCCCCCUACUCAGGGCCCCACCUUUGCCCCACCUACGGCCAAUUCCGGGAAGUUCCGCUGUGGUUCAGGCGUGGUCAUUUCAAUCACUGAGAAAAGGAAUUAAACUCGAGUUGAUUUGUUUGCGGGGACGUUGCGAGCCUAUACAACCAAGAACGGAGCCCAGCCACGAAAAUACGGAGUCCUGGCAUGGUGAAUUCCAAUCCGCUCGUGCUGCUUUGCAAUUAGAGAAAGUCAUUGCGUAUGGGAGUAAGUACAGUCUUUUUCAACUAGUUAGCACACAGUCCGGCCAUCCUUUUUCUAGCCCUUUUCGUGCUGCAGAGACAAUUUAGUGAUCUUUUUGCAACUUUGUCGUGCACUUACCACAUACUGCAACCAUUUGCAUUAGGUCUGGAAGUUAUGAUGGUAUCGAGAAGUCAAAGAAACCAUGAAGUUGAACUUUUCUGUAAAUCCAAAGAAGG